AUGGAUAGCAAGAUCGAUCGCGAAACGCUCGCCGCACUAGUGGAGUCGGAACCGUGCUUAUGGUAUCUAGGUCACGAUCAUUUCCACAGAAGGGACAAAAAAGAUGAAGCUUGGGAGAAAAUUGUCGAGAAGGCGAGACGCAAAGGAAUUAUUUGCGAUGGUGAAGUGCGUUCAUCAAAUAUUGAAGAAAUGGGAGAAAAUUCGGAUUAUCAUCAAGACGAAAACGAACCUCCGCCACCAAACUGGGAAGGGACGAGAGUGAUUUUUCUGAAAGCAGUAGCGUUGGAAAAACCUAUGAGCCGAAAGCAUCUACUCUAG